AUGGAUGAGGAUGAGCCUCGCAGCUGGGCGGGGGAAUUCGAUCCAUUGGCAGAGGAUGAAGAGCGACGAGUGCUUUUUGCUACACUCGAUUCUUUCCGGCAAUAUCGACGAACUGCCCAUAUGAACACCACCCAUCGUCGACGACAGGCAUUCUAUGCCCUCCCAUCUGCACACUGGCAGAUGCUCUCGGAACCCCCGUUCAACAUCUUGGACAACUUCAACCGAGUAGACGAUGCCAUUGAUACGAAUGCCGACGUUGCAGACUCGAUCCUCGCGACGGGUCUGCAAUCGUUUGGUCUGCCAGCUCAUCCUGCGGCCAAUGAUCCGCGACAGAACUGGCAUGGCAUCGCGACCUCGUCAGAUGUGAACAAAGCGCACUCUACCAUCCGACAGUUCUUUCGGGAUUGGAGCGCCGAGGGAAAGGCGGAGAGGGAGGUUUGCUACGAUCCUGUUCUCCGUGACCUGGCAGAGGAGUUUGGGGCGAGACAGGCCUCGGGCGAGGAGAUUAAAGUGCUAGUUCCUGGUGCUGGACUGGGAAGAUUAGUCUUUGAGGUCUGUCGGGCUGGGUUUGCGGCAGAGGGGAAUGAAAUCUCCUAUCACCAGCUGAUGGCGAGUAGUUGGGUGUUGAACCACACGCGGGGACCGAAGCAGCACACGCUGCAUCCGUUUGCGCUGCAUUUCUCUAAUCUACAUUCUCGGGAGCAGCAAUUGCGCACAGUCAUGAUCCCGGAUGUCCACCCCGCCACGGCGAUCAUGGAAGCACAGGCCGAAGAAGCGGCACCGCUGGGAUCGAUGAGCAUGUCCGCCGCCGACUUUAUAGUGCUCUACACCAGCCCAUCCAACAAGGAGACGUUUGAUGCGGUAACGACCGUCUUCUUCAUCGACACCGCGCCCAACCUGAUCCGCUACAUCGAGACGAUCCGUCACUGUCUGAAGCCGAAUGGCGUUUGGAUCAACGUCGGUCCAUUACUGUGGCAUUUCGAAGACCGCAACAGCAGCAGCACAGACGGCGAGACGACAGGCAUCGGAGAACCAGGCAAUGUGGAGCUGACGGAGGCAGAAGUGUUUCUGCUGAUCGAACGGAUGGGGUUCCGCAUCGAACAACGGCCGUCGGAGGAGCGAUCACAGUGUGGCUACAUCCAGGACGCAGACAGCAUGCUGCAGAAUCUGUAUCGGCCAUCGCAUUGGGUGGCACGAAAGACGAAGGAAGAAUAG